AUGGCUCAGCAGCACCUCACUCAACACAUGCGGAAGCUGAGGGAGUUUCCGAAGCUUGUCCGUUCCAUGUCGUCGCAUCUCUCCCUCCCGGUGCUCAACCUCUCGGAGAGCAGCAGCAGCGGGCCCCAGAACCCUAAAUGGACUGUGCUUGGCGUGAAGAGAUGCAUAGCGGACGAUUUCCAGCACAUGGGCAUCGAGAUGGAGUGGCCCAACUUGUGCGCGUUUGUGGCGUCCGUGUACAUGGCGGUCUCCCUCGUGUUCGCCCUGGGUUUCUACUACUUGUUGAAGAGUGGUGGCCACCACUUCAGUGGAGAGCUGAGCGGGCAGAUGACUGAGUUCGAGGAGUGCUUUUGGACCUCCGUGGCGAACGUGGUGACCAUUGGUUACGGCACCCUCGUCCCAGCCAGUCGCGCGGCGUACACGCUGGCCACGCUGGAGCACUUCGCCGGUAUUUUGAUGUCAGCGCUGUUGCUUGGGAUAGUGGUCACCAAAGCCAGCAUACCGACCUCCAAAAUUGUGUUCAGCGACGUCAUGUUGAUGACCAAGAGGAACGGAGUUCCUGUCCUCAUUUUCCGAGUGGCCAACACCAGGGGCAACUUCCUGCUGAGUCCGGACAUCCGUGUGUCGUUUUUCAAACACGUGGCCACGAAAGAAGGGGAGCAGGUUUGCAUUGGGUCUACGCUCGAGUUCACGCAGCCCCCAGUCAUGGCCCCUUGCUUCAACUUGGUGCACAGGAUAAACAAAGACUCUCCACUCUAUGGGAUGUCCUACGACGAUAUUCUCCAGUCGGAUGGCAACAUCAGUGCCAGUAUGGGGGCCACAGAUGAUCAAAGCCUCCAAAAUUUGUAUGCUCGAAAGAUGUGGAGUGUGCGAGAGAACCUGAAAUACGAUCAAAGAUUUGUGGACGUGCUGAAGGGCCAGAAAGGCCAAAAGUGCAGCAAGGUGCUGGAUAUGGAAAACUUCCACAAGUACAUUCCGAUCAAAGGGGCAGCUGACUUUCUGGAACGAUUACCAUCGCUGAAGGAGGAUCCAUCACAGGGUCCAGAAGAAAAGAGCAAGGACAUGUAG